UUUGUUUAUCAUUGUAAAUCCCUAAAACAGAAAGUUUCUUUUUCAUUCUUUUUUUUCCUUAAUAAAUGGUUGAUAUUCAAAAACCCGAAUUAUCAUGGUGGAAUGUGACCGGAGCAUCAUCCUUUGUUCUGAUCGCUGCUCUUGUCAGUUUGCUUCUAGGAACAAAACUCGAAAUACCCUUGAUAAUCUCCGGAAUUCGAUGUGUUGUUCAACUCUCGUUAAUGGGACUGGUUCUAGACGAUGUGUUAAAGACCGAGCAUAUGAGUGUAGUGAUCAUGAUGUCAAGUACAGUAUUGUUUAGCACAAAUAAGAACAAACCCAAUUUUCUUAACAAACAUUGCAAUAGUUGUGUUUGUCUUACUGGGAUCCUACGAGACCGUUUUCAACCGAACAAAGAAAAAUUUUAAGGGGAUGUUUCCAAUCAUGUUUGUCAUAUUGUUCAUUAGCAAUUUGUUUAUUACUUUCUUGGGAACGGCAUUUGUUCUGAAAACGGAUCCAUUCUGGUCCCCUAGAAUAUUCAUACCUGUGAUUGGUAUGCUCU